AUGCUGUUUCUGAAAAUUCCAUUGCUAGCAGUUCUCCUUGCAACUGAUGACAAUGAAGAUGCCACAGCCUUCCAGGAGGAGAUCUCCUUCAAAAUGAUCCACACCUCAUCCUUCUACAACUAUUCCUGGGUGAAAAUUCAGAACUCUGCUUGGUUGGAUGACUUGCAGACUCAUGGCUGGGACACCAACUCUGGCAGAAUUAUUUUCCUACGACCUUGGUCCAAGGGCAACUUGAGGAAGGAAGAGAUAAAAGAACUGGAAGUAUUCUUCCACGGGUUCUCUAUUAUAAUGCCUCAAGUAAUUCACGGAUAUGCCAGUCAAUGGAAGUUUAAAUAUCCCUUUGAGAUUCAGAUAACAAUGGGCUGUGAGCUGCACCCUGGGGGAGCCAUAGGAAGUUUCUAUAGAUUUGCUUAUCAAGGAUCAGAGCUCCUGCACACCCAGAACAAUUCAUUGUUUCCGUCUCCAAAUGGAGGAACAAGAGCUCAGGAUGUGUACAGGCUAUUUAAUCAGAAUCAUGCCAACAAGAAAAUAGUACAGAAGAUUCUCAGUGACACCUGCCCACGAUUACUCUUGAGUAUUCUUGAUGCAGGGAAGGCAGAUCUCCAGAGACAAGUAAAACCAGAGGCCUGGCUGUCCACUGGCUCUAAUCCUGGUCCUGACCGUCAGAUGCUGGUUUGCCAUGUCUCUGGCUUCCAUCCAAAGCCAAUUUGGGUAAAGUGGAUGCGAGGUGAACGGGUACAACAGGGCACUCAACAAAGUGGUAUCUUGCCCAAUGCUGAU